AUGAAUAAAGAAGAUUUAUCAAAUAUUUUGGAAAAUGAAAAUCUCAUGACUUCUGUGCUUGGUGAAAUUUCAGAACUUUUCAAAACCAAUCAAGAAGAACUUAAAUUUCAAUUACUUGAUUUUUUUCAUGAAUUAUUUUCUCGUAAUGAGGAAAGAGAUAAAGCAUUAUCUUUGGUAAUGCUUUUACUUGAUCGUUUUGGUGGCAGAUGGCUAUUCUCACCAAAUAUCGAUGAAGACUUUUCACAUAAAAAGCUAUCAAAAUAUCCAAAAGAAAAGGUCAAUGAAGAUUUUAAAUUUGCUGCACUGGUGAUACAAUUGGCAUUAUGUUACACUAUUUUAGAAAAAUCAAUAGAAUACUUUUCACAAUUUGAAAAUUAUUUGAAUUCUCAAGAUGACAAUGUUGAAGUUGCCAUGAAAUUUGAUCCAGAAAUAUUAUUAAAAAUCAAAGGGAUUUUAACUGAAACAUUUAGAGCAAUAAUUGAUAAUUUACUUGAAUUCAAAGAAUAUACAAAAAAUGAUGUUAAAGCAGCAAUUAAUGAUUUUAAAAUUUUAGCAAGUAUACGGGUUCUUUCAUCAUGGUUAGCUGAAGAAAAUGAAUUUCAAAAAGAAGUUUCACUUCUUAUGCCAUUCUUAAUCAAUAUUUGUUCUUAUAGUGAAAAGGAAAACUUGGAAUUAAAUCUUGUUAAAAUUAUGAUGCCAGCUUAUUUGAAUCUCACAUCUCAGGAAGAACCUCAAGAUGCUUUUCUUUCUCAUGAUUUUGUUAAUGAUGUUCUUGGUCCAAUACAAGUUUUAUUAAAUAUAAUUGUGUCAGAAAGAGAAAAAUUUGUUAUUAGAAAUGAGAAAGAAAUAUCAAAAGUCAUGAAAAUAUGCUUUCAAAUCUUAAAUCUUCUUG